UGUGCUAGAUAUAAGAAAAGGUUGUCUUCUUCCCUUCUUCGCCGCUUACAUCCAUCCAUCCUCAGGAGUCGGGACUCGGGAGUCAGGGCCUCAGCUAGCCUCUUGCAGCUUUCACUCCCCGAGCUUGCCCUCCCCCGUUCCAAGAGCAAAUCAGACGCAGAGGGGAGCCGGGGGGCAGAGCGAGUCAACUAGGCAUGGCGAUGGCUUGCUCGACGAGGAUGCUUGCGUUUCUGCUGCUCGCGCUGGCCUUUACCGCCGCGGUUGCAGAGAGCAGAGAUGCAUACAAGGGGAGCGCAGAUCGAUAUGCCUGCAUAUUGACCCAGGAAAGCUUCCCUCUUGCAAGCAAAGGGGCAGGAUUAACUUCGGCAAACGGAAAGCUGUGUGUACUGUGUGAGCAAUACUCAACCGAAGCUCUGGUCUACCUGCGACAAAAAGAAACCCAAACCGAGAUUCUCAGUGUCCUCCACCACACGUGUGCAAGUCUUGGUCCUCUAAGACAGCAGUGCAUGACGCUGGUCGACUACUACAUUCCCGCUUUCUUCUUGGAGGUUUCUGUGCUUAAACCUGAGGAGUUAUGUGAAUCAGCGCACCUCUGCCCAAAGGGGGCGGCGGCUCGGUCGUCCACACGAGGGGAGGCCUGCGGCCUAUGCCAUCAUGUUCUUGUUGAAGUUCUUACCAUGCUUAAAGAUCCCAACACCAAGCUGGAGAUAGUCGGGCUUCUUUUCAAAACAUGCAGCAAGGCGAAGAACUAUGAACCACAGUGCAAGAGGCUUGUUCUUGACUAUAUCCCACUGAUUCUGGUGAAGACUCAGACGUUCCUUGAGACGACGGACGUCUGCUUUACGACACAUGCCUGUAAAACAGGCGUGCAAGCAACAACGGAAACAAUUCCUCUAUCCGCCACUUUGUGAAGAACAAAUGUGUAGGAAUCAUACAGGGGCAAAGAAGACUGUAAUUGUUCUUCCUAUAUUUUGCUCAAGCACUGCCAAGAUAUGAAACCUCGGCCUGUGUGAGGCUUUGUCUGUACAAUGUGAGCUCUGCUCUCUGAAGUUUAUGCAGCAAGCCAGCAGCUGUACUAUCAUUCAUUUGCCCAGCACACAAUCGUCUCAGAGCAGCAUACUGAGCAAUUGUGCAGGUUAACAUGUGUUUAUCACGUUGUAUCUACUUCUAUGUAUCUAGUUUAUCACAUUGUAUCUACUUCUAUGUAUCCAAUCAUGAUGGUGCUGUUAUUGAGGGUUGAUGGCUUGCUUUGGCAUUAGCAAGUGAAGACAUUUUUAUGGGGGAGGUAAUCCUGAAUUUUGAUAUGAAAAGAUUGAUGAGAUUGGGUUGUUAA